CUACAUUGGUUCUUUGAUCCACCAUAGUAUUGUAUGUUUGUAGCAAUAGACUGGGAUACCAGGCGCGGCGCUGUUAUAAAUUGUUGGUAUUAUCAUUUCAAGCUCGUAAAAUCUUCUAGUGUAAAUUCUUAUAGAAAAAGGACAACCAUGAAGUCCUUCAUCAAUGUUUUCUGUGUUUGCUCAUGGAAAGACAAAAUCCACCUUCAGCAUGGGAUAACUUGUAAUCAGCAAGGAAAGAACGAAGACUCUAAUAGAAAGGCCCAAUUCGCUCGUGGAAUCUAUCUUCAAUGCGGCAAUUCCUUCUGUUUCCUGUUACAGUGCAUGCAAAGGUAAUCGCACUAUGAACGUUGUUGCCAGCGUCCUGUACAUGAAUGUUCCUUUUUCUUCUAGUUUAGUAAUUCUUUUUUGAACAAAAAAGAACAGAGGGGCGAUCACAUCCAACAUACCUCGGUGGCCAUCUUGCCCUAUGAAAUGGCCCCAUCAGUUGGCACACUUCUCCUUCACGUCCACCAUACCCUAUCCGUCCGACAAAUACCAGUUUGUCGAAAAAGGCUCUUCUUUGGAGUCCUUUCAAAUUGUUCUUUCGUUUAAUAACACCUCAAAGUAAAAAUUUCAGAUGAUCGUCUCACGAAGGAUGGUUCGUGGCCGUUAUGGCUCAAAACUGUUGGAACGCUCUUUGCAAACGUCCGCUUCAAACCGAAAUGCUGGACCACAAUCUCCUAUAAAAGUUUUUAUGGACACAUUUCGUUCUGAAUUAAAAAAAAGUCAGGACUUUCAAAACAGUGUGAAGGCGCUCCAAGAUAGUUCUGGCAACUUGGGCGAAAGCGAUGCUUUUAAGCGCGCCCGCGACGCCUAUAGUAAAGCUCGUCAAGGAACAUCGGUCGCUUCAAAAACUAUAGGAAAGGCAGGUUCUGCCCUUGGUAGUGGAGCGCAUAAAGCUUGGGAAAGUGCUCCUAUGCGUUUCUCUCGUAAGGUCAUUGCAGGCACUACCGACAGCGUAACAAGUGGCGUGGACAAAGCUACUCAGCCUGUGCGUAAAACCGCUCUUUAUAAGACAGUAAAAAGCACCAUGUCAGAUGGUAGUACCUCAUCUCGAUAUGGAUUUUACGCCGAUAAGGAACAACGCAAAAAGCUUCGCGAAGAAUUUGAAAAGAAAACCCACAUGUUUGGUCGUUCGGCUAAAAUACAACCAAAUGACGAUGUACAAAGUGUGGUCGUACAUACGAAUCCUUCCUGGAAGAACAAGGUGGACCAGAUUACUAGUGAAUCGAAGUUUGUCCGUAAGCUUCAAGAAUUUAGAAGAAUUUACGAAGAAUCUGAGCAUCCCAUUAUUUCUUCAAUUCGUGAUUUGGCUGAUAGCAUCAGUGGAACUUGGUCUCGCAUGUUUUCGGAAACCGAGGCUUCGCAAGUAAUGACUCGUUUUAAGGAGAUAGAUCCCGCUUUUAAUCUCGAGCAUUUCUUGCAAUAUUUGCGGGAGUACGUGGUUCCCGAAGUAACGGAGGCCUAUGUGAAAGGCGAUAAGGAAGUUUUGCGAACCUGGUUUUCUGAGGCUCCUUUUUCCGUAUAUGAAACCACUACAAAGGAGUACGCCAAGCAUGGAAUUGUAAGCGUCGGAAGAAUUUUGGACAUCCGUGGCGUCGACAUCAUGUCGCAAAGACUUUUACAACCAAGCAACGUUCCUGUCCUCGUUGUCACUUUCCGCACUCAAGAAGUUCACAUGUUCAAGAAUGCUCUGAGCGGCGAAUUGGUUGCCGGUCGUGAAGAUCGUAUCCAACAAUGUACAUAUGCCGCUGUGCUCACUCGUAUUGAAGAAGACCUGGAUAAUAAGGAAACGAGAGGCUGGUGUAUAGUUGAUUUUGCUCGUGCUCGUGCCGUCGACUAUUUCUAAUCUAAACGAAUUUUCGAAAACGUCUAAGUUUACAAUAGCUUCCUUUUUUCGAUACGUUUGCAUAUUCUUCCGGCAUGGAUGCCGAUCCGCAUAUGUUUUGAUCCCUUUAUACAUAAUUUUUUGUUACUCAUUUUCACCUAAAAACCCGUUCAACACUUGACUCGGAUAAUACGUUUCUCUACUAAUACAAAGCUACAUUAUUAUAAGAAUGGAUGGUCUUGUAAUGAUAGCUAUUCCAAAAAAAAAAGAAAUACUUUUUUUUGGUGUUUUGUUGUACUUUACUUGUAUUCGCCCGCAGAUUUAUUUUUCUUCGUAUAUGCCUAAUUUAUAUGAUUUCGAAUCUUGGGGAAGUAUUUUGUCAAUCUACAUUGAAACCAUUGACACAAAAAACUUAAAAGUAGCUAGCCGUGAAGUCAAUUUUGAUCAUAACUCCAUCU